UGGAGUAUUCAUAGAAUUUCAGAAUUGGAGAAUUCCAUUUUGUUCCCUUUCCGCAAACCAAAACAGUGCCCCAAAAAUCCCUUGAAUCUCAAAUCAGAACCCUACGCCGAUGAAAAACCCCAAUUUCUACGCUUACAGAAGCCCCGCCGUCGAUUACGACGACGACGAUGACAACGAUUUCGACGACAAUGAAGACAGCCCCGACAAGUCCUUCGCCCAAAACGGCAAUUUCUACAAUUUCGACAACUCCAAGCGCCACCCCAAGAAGCGGAAGCUCGAAUCCUUCGUCUCCAACUACGAAUUCGCCCCGCACAGCGAGUCCUGGACCGAAGACGAGAUCUUCGGCCUGCUCGAGGUCUGGGGGGAGCGCUACGUAGAGCUCGGCAGGCGCAGCCUUCGCGCCGAGGACUGGGUCGACGUGGUGGAGAAGGUCACCGAGAUGAGUGGGCGCGAGAGGACGGAGGGGGAGUGCCGGAGCCAGUUGGAUAUGCUGAAGAACAAGUACAAGAAGGAGAUGGUGAAGGUGGAGAGCGGGGGUUCCAGCAAGUGGGUGUUUUUUAAGAAGAUGGAUGCGUUGCUGAGCCUCAGGGCCCGAGGCUACGGCGGGUUGGGGUGUGGUUUGGACUCCGGGGAGUAUGUGUUUAUGAAUCCGAGGGUGUAUUUGGACAUGUCGAAUGUGUUGGAUGAGAUGAGGGAUAGCCCGGGGCAGUCGGAUGAGGAUACCGAUGAGGAUGGGGGCGAGGAUGGGGAGGAGGAUUUGAGUGGGGAUGAUAUGGUGGAUGGGGAGUCUGCUAGAAUGUUGGCCAAUUCGAUUCAGAAGUUUGGUGAGGUGUAUGAGAAGAUUGAGGAGAGUAAGAGGAUGCAGAUGGUGGAGUUGGAGACAUUGAAGCAGGAUUUCCAGAGGGAUUUGGAGUUGCAGAAGAAGCAGAUUGUUGAGCGUGCGCAGGCGGAGAUUGCUAAAAUACGUGAAAUGGAUGAUGACGAGGAUGAGAACACUGAUACUUCUGCUGAGAAUUUCAGAGAUUGAUAUGUUUUCCCGGUCGGUGAAGGUGACAAGUCGAACCCUGGCAAAGAAGCCAUGCGCAGUAUAAUGAUGCAUAUGCAGGUAAGUUUGUUCUGGUUGUACUAGACUCUAGAUGGGGUUGGACAUUUGAAUCCGGCCAUUGGUUUUUGGUGUAGCCAAUAUCUCCAUGUACGUUUAUAUAGUAAACUCGAGGCAGUUUUGCUGUUGCAGACUGCAUAUAUUAUGUCUAGAAGGAUGGAUCCUCGUUGUAAUACGCUAAUAUGUUGUCAAUAUUUCUAGGUUAAAAAACAUGGUUCCAGGUUACAUAUA